AUGAUUUUCCAGUCUUUGAAUUUUUCAGUUCUCCCUCUUAAACAUCUUACUCCACUCCUUGGGUUUCCUGUGAGACUGUCAUGUGCAGCCGAGAGUGACCUGACCCCUUCAAUCACGUGGUUAAAGGAUGGGAAGCCAUCGCUUACGGCUGAUACUAACAUUCUAGAAAACAACACACUAAUUAUACGUAAAGUAACCAAAUCACACGCUGGAUUGUACACUUGCAGAGCAAGCAAUGCUCUCUCGACAAUCGAGACAAGUGUGGAAAUAAAGACUCCAGUUGCAGCUUCUUCCUGUUCUGUGAUACGUAAAUACGUCAGCGGCUCUAGCGGAAGUUUUGUCAUUGACCCAGAUGGUAACGGAGGACUGGCACCGUUUACUGUGUAUUGUGACAUGAGCGACAAAAAUGGAGUUGGCGUGACAGUUAUAAGUCAUGACAGUGAGAGCAGAACUCUAGUGGACGGAUAUGAAGGAGAUGGUGAAUACUCACGCAAUAUUCAUUACUCAGGAGCAACUUUUUCGCAGCUGGCGAAACUUACUGAUGUGUCUACAAACUGUGAACAGUUCAUUAAAUAUGAAUGCUAUGAUUCUCUCCUACUCCAAAAUCCAGCUGGCUGGUGGGUGUCACGUAACUCCUCUAAAAUGACAUAUUGGGGAGGAGCCGUGCCGGGAAGCAACAAAUGUGCAUGCGGAAUGACCAAUUCAUGUGCAGACCCCAGUAAAAGGUGUAACUGUGAUAAGAAUGACGCAGUGUGGCGUGAGGACAGCGGUCUUCUCACGGACAAGACACAACUGCCAGUCAAACAACUCAGGUUUGGAGAUACAGACAGACGCUUUGGUCAUGAUGAGAUAGGCUACCACACUCUAGGGAAACUUAAAUGUUACGGAAUAGCAAGUGAAUAG